GCCCUUAUCCGGUUACAUUUAGUACUAUAACCUUAUCUGUCAUGUUUAUGUAGGCUUGUGUGCUUAAAAAGCACUCUUGUAAUUCAUAGUGCUUCUAUUAAUUCAACAUUUUAGUAAUUAUAAUAAAUUAAAAUGCAAAAAGCAUUUUUGCUGUUAUUUAUUAUGAAGAGGUGAUGUGGUUAUUAUGUCAAAUAAUAAGAAUAUUAUUAAUUUGGUGGUGAAUUGCAAAUACGUCACAGUGAAAUAGCCACAUUUGGAAAAGCUUAAAGGAUGUAUUGCAUACAGUGGUUAAUACCUGUGCUAUUAAUACCAAAGCCCGUUAAUCCUGCAUUGUUACAAACUCAUGUUAUGUUCAUGGUGCUUUAUUUAAUUGGAUUCUUUUUAGAGCAAAAACCAUGUACAAUGUGUACAGCUAUUUUUCUCACAGCAGUCUUUCUUAUUUGUUACAGUGGCAUAGGUAAUUGUCUAUUUUGGAAUAAUAAUUGCGAAAAUGGUUGAUUAUAAAAAUAGACAACCUAUGUCUAUUUUACAAUAUUCAAAUAUUUUAUUAUUAUCAUUGUU